GAGCUCACGCCUAAUUACGAGUACGCUGGUACGGGUAACUGGAGAGAUGAUUGGCGAGCCACGCUUCCUGAAUGUGUCGAUGCUUUCGAACCGUGCUUUAUUUUAUUCAGGCUCAAUACUAUAACCGAAUGGAUUCUAAUAACAUUUGCCGAUGAUCGUGCACCUAUCAAAGAAAAAAUGUUACUAGCUGCUACUCGUGCCACAUUUAAGAGUGAAUUUGGACCUUGCUAUGUUGAACAUGAGAAACACGUCACAGAUAGAAAGGAUCUUUCCUUGGAAUCUUUUGAAAACUGGCUGAAGACGAAGGCUGAAUUGGGCCCAAUGAGUGAAGUGGAACGAGAACUUCACAACGCUCACCAAGAACGUGCUGCGGUUGCGCAUGCAGGACCACAGCAUAUGAAAGGUGUUGCUUUUCCAUUAGAUCGAAAUGCUGAGGAUGCGGUGCGGAAGCUUGCACAGGGUCGAUUAGCUCUUGUUCAGUUAUCGGUUGACACUUUGAAUGAAGCUAUAAAAUUGGAAGCAACGGAGGAGACAUUGCCAGCAAGCAAACUAGCCAGUAAAAUUCCUCGGGAUAAACCGCGAUAUACGUUCUUCCGGUUUCAACACGAUAGCGAUGGCUUUCCGAAGUAUUCGACAUUUUUCAUUUACUCGUUACCAUCUUCGGGUAGCUCAAUCAAGGAACGCAUGCUGUACUCAAGUUGCAAGUCUCCAUUUCUGGAAACUGCCACUAAACACUUGGGAAUAGAACUGAGUAAAAAGAUGGAAGUAGAUGCUAAAGACGAUCUUUCGGAGUCAGCUCUUCUGGAAUCACUGCAUCCGGUAGAACAAGAAAGUCCGAAAAUAUAUGCUCGUCCAGCUCUUCCAAAAGGAGCAGGACCUCGUCGAAUUACGAAAGUUUGA